CUGUACGCGUCACUCCCGCCCACCUCUCUCAAAACUCGCUCGCGCUCGCGGCUUAAGCUUCUGGGAGAGCCUUCGAUACUACAUCUGUGUUAAACUAAAUAUGCAUGUACAAUUACAGACGCGGUUUGCUUAGGAGGCGUUAGUACUCGGGGGAGUUGCCACACACAGUUAUAUGGCGCAGGGGUCCUGUGGCCCCUGUGGCCUUAACAGCAGGAUAUUGCCUACGACGCGAACCUGGCAUGGAAUCAUCAUGUUCUGCCUACUGGGUCUGGCUCUGCCCCCAUCAAGCUUGUCGACGCAGCCAGACGUCCAGUUUUGGGAUAGCACGCAAUCUAGUAUACAACAGCAUGUCUGGAAAGACUUAAUCGUUCGCCCCACAGUUGUGGGCUACCGCUUCUCGGGAGACCUGUAUCUCUCGGGUAUCGGCGACGCCGGCUUAUUAGUUCACGCCGGCCGGCAAUGGCGUUGUGUCUUUUCAGUUUGUGGCAAUGGGGGGACGCCAGCGGCGACUGGAUUGACACGCCGUACCGUGCCGCCGUGGGCGUGUACCGCCGCGCAGCGGCGCUAGCUGCGUCGGUUUCGGCGCCAGCGCCGCAGACUGCGGUCCAGCAAGCCCGGCUAUGGGCCGCUGUCGCGCUAGAGGGCAUGUCCGUAGCCGCGGCGCCCAUGGCGCUGCAACGGUUAGGCGGCGCCGAGGGCUGGUCGCUCCAAUGCAGGUGGCAGCCUGCAGCUGGCGCGGCCACGGGGUCAGCAGCGGGGAGAGCCGAGCCCGGCACGGCCGCGCAGGGCGAUGCAGCUGUGGCAGAAGCUGCAGCCAGCGGUGAGCGGUGGCAGCCGCUCGCGGCGGGCAGCCUGGAGCUCUGGCGGUGCGCAGGCCGCGACGGCGGCUGCUCGUCGCUUCACCGCAGCGAGGACCAGGCGGCCGCGAAUCCAGUAGACGGUGCCGGCGAUGUAGUGGCGCUGCUGGCGCUCCUUAGUUUCGUUGCGCCGGCGGAGACGCCGCUCCAACAGCUGUGGCAGCAGCUGUCGGGGCCGGGCCCCGCUCCGGCCGUCGACUGCAGCAUCAGCCUGGCCGACACACCCCUGCAAGGCCUGGCGCUGCCGGCGCCGACCGGCGUCAAGGCAGCGACGGGGGCAGCGGUGGCAGCCGCUGCCGACGCCGAUGGCUCGACCAGGGAGCUGCUUCUCCGGCAGCUGCAGCAGCUGGGCUGGGCUCUCGCAGACAGCCUGGGUCUGGACGGCAGCAGCAGCCACAGCCACAGCCACAGCCACGGCAGCAGCAGGCGCCUGGCGCAGGCAACCGAGGAUGCCGAGCUUAGAGAUUUCACGUGGCCGGACCUGCCGCCUGACACGCCUCUCGCGCCGCUCCCGCCGCUACCGCCACGGCCGCCGCCGCCCCCGCGGCCACCGCGGCCGCCACCUCCCGCACCGUUGCCGCCUGCGUUCCCGCUGCCGCCGGACCCGCCUGCCCCAGCGGCCCCCGGCUUCCCGCAGUUUCCCCAGUUCCCACCGCGUGCGCCACGCCCGGCGCAGCCAGCCUCUCCCAGUUCCGCGGGCGCGCCGCCGCCACAGGCGCCUCCACCCGGGCCGGACACGCCUAUGCCGCCGGGCGCCCUGUCAACUGUCCAGGCGCCGCCGCCGGCCUCGCCGCACGGGCAGCCGGUGGCGCCGUCACAGCCGCCGCCGCCGCCCGCCAGCCCCGGCCCGUCAGUGCCCUGCUCCGCCUGUGUGGUCCAGACCAUCGUGCCGCCGGUCAGCGGAACCCCCGGCGACAUCUUCACCUUUGUCCCGGAGCUGUGCGAAGAGCAGGGCGCCUUUAUCGCGGACUCCCUGAACAACGCCGCGGCCGACGUUGGCGCAGCGCUGGCGACGCCGUUCGCAACGGCCUCCUGCUCCGCCGCGUGGGACCCGGCGGCGCAGCCGCCAGUGCUGCCCGUGCUGCGCGUGUGCGGUGCGGUUGCUACAGCCGCCGACGCGGCGCUACUACAGGCCUGGUUGGAGUCCGCCGCGGCGCCUCUGGAUGAUUGGCUGUCGCACACCGCCGGUGGCGACGACUGCCCCGCCCGCCUGUCGGGCUACACGCUCGCCAUCGAGUUUGACCCCGCCACCAUCCAGGAGGGCGCCUGCCUGACCGGGCGCAGCCAGAAGGCCUGCGCGCAGCUGUCGCCGCCGGACCAGCCGCCGUCGUAUCCGCCAGGCGCGCCGGCGCCACCAGCUGUGUAUCCGUCGCCGGCCCCAGCCGUACCUGCGUACCCUCCUCCGGCCCCGGUCGGCCAGCCAUUGCAAUCGCCACCGUCGCCGCCUUCAUCCCCUCCGCCCAGCCCGGCAAUGGCGUACCCGCCGGGCCAGCCAACCCAACCGCCUCCUUACCCGCCCAGCCCUCCAUCACCACCGCCAGAACAGCAGCCUAGCGCGUAUCCGCCAUCGCCUCGAUCGCCUGCGCCUUCGUAUCCUCCGUCGCCUGCGCCGCCUAGCCCGGAGCCGCCCAGCUACCCGCCAGCCUACCCUCCGACGCCCGCGCCUCCCAGCCCGGAGCCGCCCAGCUAUCUGCCGGCCUACCCUCCGACGCCGGUGCCGCCCAGCCCGGAGCCGCUCAGCUAUCCGCCAGCCUACCCUCCGUCGCCCGCGCCGCCUAGCCCGGAGCCGCCCAGCUACCCGCCGGCCUACCCUCCGUCGCCUGCGCCGCCUAGCCCGGAGCCGCCCAGCUAUCCGCCGGCCUACCCUCCGUCGCCCGCGCCGCCUAGCCCGGAGCCGCCCAGCUACCCGCCGGCCUACCCUACGUCGCCUGCGCCGCCUAGCCCGGAGCCGCCCAGCUAUCCGCCGGCCUACCCUCCGUCGCCCGCGCCGCCUAGCCCGGAGCCGCCCAGCUACCCGCCGGCCUACCCUCCGUCGCCUGCGCCGCCUAGCCCGGAGCCGCCCAGCUACCCGCCGGCCUACCCUCCGUCGCCCGCGCCGCCUAGCCCGGAGCCGCCCAGCUAUCCGCCGGCCUACCCUCCGUCGCCUGCGCCGCCUAGCCCGGAGCCGCCCAGCUAUCCGCCGGCCUACCCUCCGUCGCCCGCGCCGCCUAGCCCGGAGCCGCCCAGCUACCCGCCAGCCUACCCUCCCCCGGAGCCGCCCAGCUAUCCGCCGGCCUACCCUCCAUCGCCUGCGCCGCCUAGCCCGGAGCCGCCCAGCUACCCGCCGGCCUACCCUCCGUCGCCCGCGCCGCCUAGCCCGGAGCCGCCCAGCUACCCGCCGGCCUACCCUCCGACGCCCGCGCCGCCUAGCCCGGAGCCGCCCAGCUAUCCGCCGGCCUACCCUCCGUCGCCCGCGCCGCCUAGCCCGGAGCCGCCCAGCUACCCGCCGGCCUACCCUCCGACACCCGCGCCGCCUAGCCCGGAGCCGCCCAGCUACCCGCCGGCCUACCCUCCGACGCCCGCGCCGCCUCGCCCGGAGCUGCCCAGCUACCCGCCGGCCUACCCUCCGUCGCCUGCGCCGCCUAGCCCGGAGCCGCCCAGCUACCCGCCAGCGUACCCUCCGUCGCCCGCGCCGCCUAGCCCGGAGCCGCCCAGCUACCCGCCAGCCUACCCUCCGUCGCCUGCGCCGCCUAGCCCGGAGCCGCCCAGCUACCCGCCGGCCUACCCUCCGUCGCCUGCGCCGCCUAGCCCGGAGCCGCCCAGCUAUCCGCCGGCCUACCCUCCGUCGCCUGCGCCGCCUAGCCCGGAGCCGCCCAGCUACCCGCCGGCCUACCCUCCGACGCCCGCGCCGCCUAGCCCGGAGCCGCCCAGCUACCCGCCAGCCUACCCUCCGUCGCCUGCGCCGCCUAGCCCGGAGCCGCCCAGCUACCCGCCGGCCUACCCUCCGUCUCCCGCGCCGCCUAGCCCGGAGCCGCCCAGCUACCCGCCAGCGUACCCUCCGUCGCCUGCGCCGCCUAGCCUGGAGCCGCCCAGCUACCCGCCGGCCUACCCUCCGACGCCCGCGCCACCUAGCCCAGAGCCGCCCAGCUACCCGCCGGCCUACCCUUCGACGCCCGCGCCGCCUAGCCCGGAGCCGCCCAGCUACCCGCCGGCCUACCCUCCGUCGCCUGCGCCGCCUAGCCCGGAGCCGCCCAGCUACCCGCCGGCCUACCCUCCGUCGCCCGCGCCGCCUAGCCCGGAGCCGCCCAGCUAUCCGCCAGGCUACCCCCCGUCGCCUGCGCCGCCUAGCCCGGAGCCGCCCAGCUACCCGCCGGCCUACCCUCCGUCGCCCGCGCCGCCUAGCCCGGAGCCGCCCAGCUACCCGCCGGCCUACCCUCCGUCGCCUGCGCCGCCCAGCCCGGAGCCGCCCAGCUACCCGCCGGCCUACCCUCCGUCGCCUGCGCCGCCUAGCCCGGAGCCGCCCAGCUACCCGCCGGCCUACCCUCCGUCGCCUGCGCCGCCUAGCCCGGAGCCGCCCAGCUAUCCACCAGCCUACCCUCCGUCGCCUGCGCCGCCCAGCCCGGAGCCGCCCAGCUAUCCGCCGGCCUACCCUCCGUCGCCGCCGCCGCCUAGCCCGGAGCCGCCCAGCUACCCGCCAGCCUACCCUCCGUCGCCCGCGCCGCCUAGCCCGGAGCCGCCCAGCUAUCCGCCGGCCUACCCUCCGUCGCCUGCGCCGCCCAGCCCGGAGCCGCCCAGCUACCCGCCAGCGUACCCUCCGUCGCCCGCGCCGCCUAGCCCGGAGCCGCCCAGCUACCCGCCGGCCUACCCUCCGUCGCCGCCGCCGCCUAGCCCGGAGCCGCCCAGCUAUCCGCCAGCCUACCCUCCGUCGCCCGCGCCGCCUAGCCCGGAGCCGCCCAGCUAUCCGCCGGCCUACCCUCCGUCGCCUGCGCCGCCUAGCCCGGAGCCGCCCAGCUACCCGCCGGCCUACCCUCCGUCGCCUGCGCCGCCUAGCCCGGAGCCGCCCAGCUAUCCACCAGCCUACCCUCCGUCGCCUGCGCCGCCCAGCCCGGAGCCGCCCAGCUAUCCGCCGGCCUACCCUCCGUCGCCGCCGCCGCCUAGCCCGGAGCCGCCCAGCUACCCGCCGGCCUACCCUCCGUCGCCUGCGCCGCCUAGCCCGGAGCCGCCCAGCUACCCGCCGGCCUACCCUCCGUCGCCUGCGCCGCCUAGCCCGGAGCCGCCCAGCUACCCGCCGGCCUACCCUCCGUCGCCUGCGCCGCCCAGCCCGGAGCCGCCCAGCUACCCGCCAGCGUACCCUCCGUCGCCUGCGCCGCCUAGCCCGGAGCCGCCCAGCUACCCGCCGGCCUACCCUCCGUCGCCGCCGCCGCCUAGCCCGGAGCCGCCCAGCUACCCGCCGGCCUACCCUCCGUCGCCUGCGCCGCCUAGCCCGGAGCCGCCCAGCUAUCCGCCGGCCUACCCUCCGUCGCCUGCGCCGCCUAGCCCGGAGCCGCCCAGCUACCCGCCGGCCUACCCUCCGUCGCCCGCGCCGCCUAGCCCGGAGCCGCCCAGCUACCCGCCGGCCUACCCUCCGUCGCCUGCGCCGCCUAGCCCGGAGCCGCCCAGCUACCCGCCGGCCUACCCUCCGUCGCCUGCGCCGCCUAGCCCGGAGCCGCCCAGCUAUCCACCAGCCUACCCUCCGUCGCCUGCGCCGCCCAGCCCGGAGCCGCCCAGCUAUCCGCCGGCCUACCCUCCGUCGCCGCCGCCGCCUAGCCCGGAGCCGCCCAGCUACCCGCCAGCCUACCCUCCGUCGCCCGCGCCGCCUAGCCCGGAGCCGCCCAGCUAUCCGCCGGCCUACCCUCCGUCGCCUGCGCCGCCCAGCCCGGAGCCGCCCAGCUACCCGCCAGCGUACCCUCCGUCGCCCGCGCCGCCUAGCCCGGAGCCGCCCAGCUACCCGCCGGCCUACCCUCCGUCGCCGCCGCCGCCUAGCCCGGAGCCGCCCAGCUAUCCGCCAGCCUACCCUCCGUCGCCCGCGCCGCCUAGCCCGGAGCCGCCCAGCUAUCCGCCGGCCUACCCUCCGUCGCCUGCGCCGCCUAGCCCGGAGCCGCCCAGCUACCCGCCGGCCUACCCUCCGUCGCCUGCGCCGCCUAGCCCGGAGCCGCCCAGCUAUCCACCAGCCUACCCUCCGUCGCCUGCGCCGCCCAGCCCGGAGCCGCCCAGCUAUCCGCCGGCCUACCCUCCGUCGCCGCCGCCGCCUAGCCCGGAGCCGCCCAGCUACCCGCCGGCCUACCCUCCGUCGCCUGCGCCGCCUAGCCCGGAGCCGCCCAGCUACCCGCCGGCCUACCCUCCGUCGCCUGCGCCGCCUAGCCCGGAGCCGCCCAGCUACCCGCCGGCCUACCCUCCGUCGCCUGCGCCGCCCAGCCCGGAGCCGCCCAGCUACCCGCCAGCGUACCCUCCGUCGCCUGCGCCGCCUAGCCCGGAGCCGCCCAGCUACCCGCCGGCCUACCCUCCGUCGCCGCCGCCGCCUAGCCCGGAGCCGCCCAGCUACCCGCCGGCCUACCCUCCGUCGCCUGCGCCGCCUAGCCCGGAGCCGCCCAGCUAUCCGCCGGCCUACCCUCCGUCGCCUGCGCCGCCUAGCCCGGAGCCGCCCAGCUAUCCGCCGGCCUACCCUCCGUCGCCCGCGCCGCCUAGCCCGGAGCCGCCCAGCUACCCGCCGGCCUACCCUUCGUCGCCUGCGCCGCCUAGCCCGGAGCCGCCCAGCUACCCGCCAGCCUACCCUCCGUCGCCUGCGCCGCCCAGCCCGGAGCCGCCCAGCUACCCGCCGGCCUACCCUCCGUCGCCUGCGCCGCCCAGCCCUGAACCGUCAACGCCUAUCUGCCCUAAGGCCGAGUAUUCUGCUGCUGUCACCCUGCGUUGCACGUACUCUUAUGUCGAUGAGGAGCCAUGUUUGCUGCUGGCUUGGUGCACCACCUGCAGCAGCCCCCCGUCGGCCGUGUAUACGCCCAUCGAUAUGACGGCAUGUGCUCAGGCCAGGGCUUUGUUCAUUGAUGUCAGCUGCAAUGGCACAGCAUUCUGCGCUGCUUCACCAGCGAGCCCGCCGGCCCCCAUUCCUCCCUCGCCGGUGCCUCCCAGCCCAGCACCGCAGCAUCCUCCUAGCCCAGAGCCUCCCAGCCCGGUGCCUCCCAGCCCGGCGCCGCCCAGCCCGGAGCCUCCCAGCCCGGCACCACUGUAUCCUCCCUCGCCGGCGCCUCCCAGCCCAGACCCUCCCAGCCCUGACCCUCCCAGUCCAGAGCCUCCCAGCCUGGUGCCUCCCAGCCCGGCGCCGCCCAGCCCGGAGCCUCCCAGCCCGGCACCACUGUAUCCUCCCUCGCCGGCGCCUUCCAGCCCACAGCCGCCCUCCUAUCCGCAGCCCUCGCCCCCAGCGCCCGCGCCACCCACUCCUGCGGCGCCGACGGGCGUGUGCCCGGCUCUGACCUACUCGCCGGCUUUCGCUAGCCGGUGCGCCAAGUCUUACCCAGAUGAAGAGCCGUGCGCGCUAGAUGCCUGGUGCUACCCAUGCGAGAAUCUGAAGUCACCCGGAUUCAGCGUCGUCGAUGUGGCGGCUUGCGCCCAGGCUGGCGCUCUGUACAUUGACGUCAAUUGCAACGGCACCGCCUUUUGCACCUCGAUGCCUGCGAGCCCGCCGGCUCCCCUACCGCCCACACCAAGGCCGCCGGCGCCAACGUCUCCCAGCCCGGCGCCGCCCAGCCCACAGCCCCCGGCGUACCCGCCGCAGCAGCUGCAUCCGCCACCGAGCCCCGAGCCACCAAGCCCGGCGCCCCAAUACCCGCCUUCGCCGGCGCCGCCCAGCCCGCAGCCCCCGGCGUACCCGCCGCAGCUGCCGCCCUCGCCUCCCCCGCCGAGCCCCAAGCCGCCGAGCCCGGCACCCCUGUAUCCGCCCUCACCUGUGCCGCCCAGCCCGGUACCGCCCAGCCCGCUCCCGCCCUCACCUCCGAUGAAUCCUUUGCCGCCAACUCCGCCACCAUCUCCUCGACCGCCUUCACCGCCGGCCCCGCCGUCGCCGCCGCCACUGCCACCCGCGCCGCCGUCGCCUCCCCCGCCUCCACCGCCGCUGCCGCCCGGCCUGGCGAUCGAGCUGUCUGACUAUGCGCUGACGUACACCAUCGACGAGAGCCAGCUCAGCAACAGCACCGCUGUCGAGGAGUUCUUGAACAAGGUCCGAGCGGACAUGGCUAAGUUCUUCGGCGUCCCGGUCAGCCAAAUCGUGCUGACAGGCAUCAAGCUACCGGCGGCACCCGCCGCCGCACCCGCCGUUAACGAAGCCGGAGGAGCAGGAAGCAAUGGAGGCGGCAAGGGUGGCCGCCGGCGUCUUGGCGACGGUGGUGACUCAGACUUCGCGCUUGAGCCUCUGGAAGUCUGGGCAGGAGCCGAGCUGGCGCCUCACUUUGGCGGCUCCGCCGGCUUGUUCGGGCUGCGUGCCAGCAGCCUGGUGCAGACCAGCCGGCGCCGCCCAGCAGACGAGGCGGCUCUGCACGAGCUGCGGGCGCGGGCCAUGCUGGCGGACGUGGUGGGCGCGCUGGCACGGGUGGCAGUCGUGGAGCCGGGAAGCCAGGCCCAGGCGCAAGAGCCCGCAGGCGACGCCGUUCCUAGCAGCACCCACAUGCGGCGCCGCCUGCAGACCGGCUCCAGCAUCAUCGUGGAGACGACGGUGGUCAAUCAGUUCGAGGUGCCGCUGCCGCCCUCGCCGCCGCCCAUGCAGCCGCCGUCGCCGCCCUCGCCGGCGCCGUCCUCUCCUCCUCCACCACCUCCCGGCGUUAUGCUGCCGCCCUACCCUCCGCCGCUGCCGCCCUCGCCGCCGCCCAUGCCGCCCUCUCCGCCGUCGCCCCCGGAGCCGCCCUCGCCGCCGCCGCCGGUCGACCCGCCGCCACGGCCGCCGCCGGCUCCACCGCGCCCGCCCCCCGCGCCCCCCAUCAACCUCACAGCCCUGGCUGAGGCCACCAACGCCGACAGCGCGCAGGUCAUUUACCACCCGCCACCCUCCCCGCCUUCGCCCGCGCCGCCCUCGCCCGAGCCCCCGUCGCCGGAGCCGCCCUCCCCCGCCCCGCCCUCUCCGGCUCCUCCCUCGCCCUCGCCGCCGCCGCCCGCGCCACCGCUGGUUUGCGACAUGGCUGGGUACGUCUUCUACCCCUUCUCCGACUACGCCUGCGCCCCUGCGGACCCGGCCCAGCCCUGGUGCAUCGUCCUGGAGGACACAGGCGACGCCGACGGCGCGGCCUACGCAUGCGAGUGGGGCGGGGCCGGCGCGCUGGCGCCCGACGCCCCUCGCUACCCGGUGCCGCCGCCCGAGUCCUUGGAGGUGGUGCUGGGCCCCGCCGCCUCGAGCGGCUGCCAAGGCGUGUACGUCAAGCUGCAGCUGCAGUACCUGCCGUCGCCGCCGCCCAGCCCGGAGCCGCCGUCUCCGGCGCCGCCGGGGCCAUCGCCGCCGCCUCCUAGCCCGCGCCCGCCGUGCCCGCCGCCUCGGCCGCCGCCCAACCCGCGCCCGCCGCGGCUGCCGCCACGGCCGCCGAGCCCCGCGCCGCUGGUGCCGUCUUCGCCGCCGUCGCCGUCCAACCCGCCGCCCAGCCCGGAGCCGCCCAGCCCCGAGCCACCCAGCCCGGCACCGCUGUACCCUCCCUCGCCAGCACCUGCCAGCCCGCAGCCUCCCAGCCCGGAGCCGCCGCCUGUUGGCCAGCCGCUGCCACCGUCACCCCUUCCGCCCAGCCCGGAGCCUGCUGGCCAGCCCCUCUCGCCGCCGCCUCUGCCACCGAGCCCGGAGCCGCCUCGCCCGGAGCCGCCCAGCUACCCGCCGGCCUACCCUCCGUCGCCCGCGCCGCCUAGCCCGGAGCCGCCCAGCUACCCGCCGGCCUACCCUCCGUCGCCCGCGCCGCCUAGCCCGGAGCCGCCCAGCUACCCGCCGGCCUACCCUCCGACGCCCGCGCCGCCCAGCCCGGAGCCGCCCAGCUACCCGCCGGCCUACCCUCCGUCGCCUGCGCCGCCUAGCCCGGAGCCGUCCAGCUACCCGCCAGCCUACCCUCCGUCGCCCGCACCGCCUAGCCCGGAGCCGCCCAGCUACCCGCCAGCCUACCCUCCGUCGCCCGCGCCGCCCAGCCCGGAGCCGCCCAGCUACCCGCCGGCCUACCCUCCGUCGCCCGCGCCGCCUAGCCCGGAGCCGCCCAGCUACCCGCCGGCCUACCCUCCGUCGCCCGCGCCGCCCAGCCCGGAGCCGCCCAGCUAUCCGCCAGCCUACCCUCCGUCGCCCGCGCCGCCUAGCCCUGAGCCGCCCAGCUACCCGCCAGCCUACCCUCCGUCGCCCGCGCCGCCCAGCCCGGAGCCGCCCAGCUAUCCUCCGGCCUACCCUCCGUCGCCCGCGCCGGCCUACCCUCCGACGCCCGCGCCGCCCAGCCCGGAGCUGCCCAGCUAUCCGCCGGCCUACCCUCCGUCGCCCGCGCCGGCCUACCCUCCGACGCCCGCGCCGCCUACCCCGGAGCCGCCCAGCUAUCCGCCGGCCUACCCUCCGUCGCCCGCGCCGGCCUACCCUCCGACGCCCGCGCCGCCUAGCCCGGAGCCGCCCAGCUACCCGCCGGCCUACCCUCCGUCGCCCGCGCCGCCCAGCCCGGAGCCGCCCAGCUACCCGCCGGCCUACCCUCCGUCGCCCGCGCCGCCUAGCCCGGAGCCGCCCAGCUACCCGCCGGCCUACCCUCCGUCGCCCGCGCCGCCUAGCCCGGAGCCGCCCAGCUACCCGCCGGCCUACCCUCCGUCGCCCGCGCCGCCUAGCCCGGAGCCGCCCAGCUACCCGCCGGCCUACCCUCCGUCGCCCGCGCUGCCUAGCCCGGAGCCGCCCAGCUAUCCGCCAGCCUACCCUCCGUCGCCCGCGCCGCCCAGCCCGGAGCCGCCCAGCUACCCGCCGGCCUACCCUCCGUCGCCCGCGCCGCCUAGCCCGGAGCCGCCCAGCUAUCCGCCAGCCUACCCUCCGUCGCCCGCGCCGCCCAGUCCGGAGCCGCCCAGCUACCCGCCGGCCUACCCUCCGUCGCCCGCACCACCUAGCCCGGAGCCGCCCAGCUACCCACCGGCCUACUCUCCGUCGCCCGCGCCGCCCAGCCCGGCGCCGCCCAGCUACCCGCCGGCCUACCCUCCGUCGCCUGCGCCGCCUAGCCCGGAGCCGCCCAGCUAUCCGCCGGCCUACCCUCCAUCGCCUGCGCCGCCUAGCCCGGAGCCGCCCAGCUAUCCGCCGGCCUACCCUCCGUCGCCUGCGCCUCCAAACCCGGAGCCGCCCAGCUACCCGCCGGCCUACCCUCCGUCGCCCGCGCCGCCCAGCCCGGAGCCGCCCAGCUACCCGCCGGCCUACCCUCCGUCGCCCGCGCCGCCCAGCCCGGAGCCGCCCAGCUAUCCACCGGCCUACCCUCCGUCGCCCGCGCCGGCCUACCCUCCGACGCCCGCGCCGCCUACCCCGGAGCCGCCCAGCUAUCCGCCGGCCUACCCUCCGUCGCCCGCGCCGCCUAGCCCGGAGCCGCCCAGCUACCCGCCGGCCUACCCUCCGUCGCCCGCGCCGCCCAGCCCGGAGCCGCCCAGCUACCCGCCGGCCUACCCUCCGUCGCCCGCGCCGCCUAGCCCGGAGCCGCCCAGCUACCCGCCAGCCUACCCUCCGUCGCCCGCGCCGCCUAGCCCGGAGCCGCCCAGCUAUCCGCCAGCCUACCCUCCGUCGCCCGCGCCGCCCAGCCCGGAGCCGCCCAGCUACCCGCCGGCCUACCCUCCGUCGCCCGCGCCGCCUAGCCCGGAGCCGCCCAGCUAUCCGCCAGCCUACCCUCCGUCGCCCGCGCCGCCCAGCCCGGAGCCGCCCAGCUACCCGCCGGCCUACCCUCCGUCGCCCGCACCACCUAGCCCGGAGCCGCCCAGCUACCCGCCGGCCUACCCUCCGUCGCCCGCGCCGCCCAGCCCGGAGCCGCCCAGCUACCCGCCGGCCUACCCUCCGUCGCCUGCGCCGCCUAGCCCGGAGCCGCCCAGCUAUCCGCCGGCCUACCCUCCGUCGCCUGCGCCGCCUAGCCCGGAGCCGCCCAGCUACCCGCCAGCCUACCCUCCGUCGCCCGCGCUGCCUAGCCCGGCACCGCCCAGCUACCCGCCGGCCUACCCUCCGUCGCCCGCGCUGCCUAGCCCGGAGCCGCCCAGCUACCCGCCGGCCUACCCUCCGUCGCCCGCGCCGCCUAGCCCGGAGCCGCCCAGCUACCCGCCGGCCUACCCUCCGUCGCCUGCACCGCCCAGCCUGGAGCCGCCCAGCUACCCGCCGACCUACCCUCCGUCGCCCGCGCCGCCCAGCCCGGAGCCGCCCAGCUAUCCGCCAGCCUACCCUCCGUCGCCCGCGCCGCCUAGCCCGGAGCCGCCCAGCUACCCGCCAGCCUACCCUCCGUCGCCCGCGCUGCCUAGCCCGGCACCGCCCAGCUACCCGCCAGCCUACCCUCCGUCGCCUGUGCCGCCCAGCCCGGAGCCGCCCAGCUACCCGCCGGCCUACCCUCCGUCACCGCCUCUGCCACCGAGCCCGGAGCCGCCCAGCUACCCGCCGGCCUACCCUCCGUCGCCUGUGCCGCCCAGCCCGGAGCCGCCCAGCUACCCGCCGGCCUACCCUCCGUCGCCCGCGCCGCCUAGCCCGGAGCCGCCCAGCUACCCGCCGGCCUACCCUCCGACGCCCGCGCCGCCUAGCCCGGAGCCGCCCAGCUACCCGCCGGCCUACCCUCCGUCACCGCCUCUGCCACCGAGCCCGGAGCCGCCCAGCUACCCGCCGGCCUACCCUCCGUCGCCUGCGCCGCCCAGCCCGGAGCCGCCCAGCUAUCCGCCGGCCUACCCUCCGUCGCCCGCGCUGCCUAGCCCGGCACCGCCCAGCUACCCGCCGGCCUACCCUCCGUCGCCCGCGCUGCCUAGCCCGGAGCCGCCCAGCUACCCGCCGGCCUACCCUCCGUCGCCUGCGCCGCCCAGCCCGGAGCCGCCCAGCUAUCCGCCGGCCUACCCUCCGUCGCCCGCGCCGCCCAGCCCGGAGCCGCCCAGCUACCCGCCGGCCUACCCUCCGUCGCCCGCGCCGCCUAGCCCGGAGCCGCCCAGCGACCCGCCGGCCUACCCUCCGUCGCCCGCGCCGCCUAGCCCGGAGCCGCCCAGCCCCGAGCUGCCAUCCCCGGCUAUUCCCAGCCCUGCGCCAUCCAGCCUGGCUCCGCCCUCGCGUCAGCCGCCCAGCCCAGAACCGCCCAACCCAGCCCCGCCGGUUGGCCAGCCCCUGCCUCCUCCGCCUUUCCCCCCGAGCCCAGCACCACCCAGCCCGGCACCCACCUACCCACCUUCACCGGCCCCGCCCAUCCCAGCGCCUCCUGCACCCGCUCCGCCCAGUCCGCUGUCGCCCAGUCCUCCGGAGGAGGGUCCGGAGUGCCCGCCUCCGCUGACGCUGUCGCCGCAGGUGGGCGGCCGCUGCACCAACUCCUACGACCCAGCCCUGCCGCCGCCCUGCCUGCUGCUGGCGUGGUGCAACAGCUGCGCCACCCCACCCGUGAUGAAGUAUUCUGUGCUUGACGUGGCGGAAUGCACUGCCGCCAACCGCACCUAUGUCCAGGUGGACUGCAAUGGCUUCGUUGAGUGCGUGGUGCAUCCCCCGACGCCCUCACCGGAGCCGGCACUACCACCACCACCAUCGCCGCCCGCAUCGCCGGCCCCCACACCUUCACCUGCGACCUCGCCUUCACCCUCGCCAGCGCCAGCGCCUGUCUACCCAAGCCCUGUGCCUUCGCCAGAGCUUUCACCGUCGCCACCAUCGGAGGGGCAGCCACCACCGUCACCCGCCGUGUCGCCCCCGCCGACACCGGAGCCUUCACCGGAGCCGUCGCCGGCUGAGCAGCCAUCACCCUCUCCAGCUCCAGAGCCCUCACCGGAGCCUUCGCCCACUCCCGAGCCAUCGCCCCCACCUGUACCAGAGCCCCCACCUGCGCCGGUGCCCUCAGCCGGGCCGUCUCCGUCACUAGAGCCUUCACCAGAGCCGUCACCAGGACCGUCACCGGAGGUAUCGCCAUCGCCGGCACCAGCGCCCGAGCCCUCGCCUGCUCCGGAGCCAUCCCCAUCCCCUCCUGUACCUGAGCCCGCCACGACGCUGCCGCCGUCACCGCAGCCGCCUUCACCAGAGCCGGCUAGCCCCAUGCCGCCUCCCCCGGCGCCGCCUCUUCCGCCUUCGCGCCCGCCUGCGCCGCCACGGCCACCUCCGCGCCCGCCGCGCCCCCCGCCGCGCCCGCCACGUAACCCUCCGCUGCCGCCCUCACCGCCCGCUGUGCCUCCGCCCCUGGUGCCUUUGGCGCCCUCACCGCCUUCGCCGCCGGCCCCGCCGUCGCCGCCGCCACUGCCACCCGCGCCGCCGUCGCCUCCCCCGCCUCCACCGCCGCUGCCGCCCGGCCUGGCGAUCGAGCUGUCUGACUAUGCGCUGACCUACACCAUCGAUGAGAGCCAGCUCAGCAACAGCACCGCUGUCGAGGAGUUCUUGAACAAGGUCCGAGAGGACAUGGCUAAGUUCUUCGGCGUCCCGGUCAGCCAAAUCGUGCUGACAGGCAUUCGCCGGCCAGCGGCACCCUCUGCCUCGCCCACCGGAGGCGCAGGAAGCAACGGAGGCGGCAGCAGCGGCCGCCGCCGCGCCGCCAUGGAGGCUGGCGCUGCAGGAGAGGCGCUGGAGACAUACGGCUCUGUAGAGCUGGCGCCUCACUUUGGUGGCUCCGCCGGCUUGUUCGGGCUGCGUGCCAGCAGCCUGGUGCAGACCAGCCGGCGCCGCCCAGCAGACGAGGCGGCUCUGCACGAGCUGCGGGCGCGGGCCAUGCUGGCAGACGUGGUGGGGGCGCUGGCGCGGCUGGCCACGGGCGCGCCCUACCACGCCGGCCCCGGCGUGCGGUCGCAUGCGCACCUGCACCGCCGCCGCCUGCAGACCGGCUCCAGCAUCAUCGUGGACACAACGGUGGUCAACCAGUUCGAGGUGCCGCUGCCGCCCUCGCCGCCUCCCGCGCCGCCCCCAACGCCGCCCUCGCCAGCGCCGCCCUCUCUUCCUCCACCACCUCCCGGCGUCAUGACUCCGCCCACGCCGCCGCCGUCACCGCCCCUGCCCCCGCCCUCUCCGCCCUCGCCCUCGCCGCCGCCGCCGGUCGACCCGCCGCCGCAGCCGCCGCCGGCUCCACCGCGCCCGCCGCCGUCGCCGCCUGUGAAUCUCACAGCCCUGGCUGAGGCCACCAACGCCACCCGCGCAGAGGUGGUGAUCCGGCCGCCCUCGCCGCCACCGCCACCGCCGUCUCCACGCCCGCCGUCGCCUCGCCCGCCGCACCCGCCCGGCCUGCCGCCGCCGAGCCCGCCGCCGGCUUGCGAUGUGGACGGCUAUGCGUUCUACCCGGGCGACACCUACUCCUGCGGUGGCUCUGGCACAGGCGGCCAACAGGGCUGGUGCACGGUCCUGGAGGACACCGGCGACGCCAGCGCCGCGGCCUACGCCUGCGAGUGGGGCGGCGACAGCUACGUCGGGCCCGACUGCGGCGCGUACGACACCCUGGGCCGCGUGUUCUCGGUGUACGGCUACGACAGCAGUACGGCAACCGUACUUCAGCGCUACCCGGGCCCGCCGGCUCCUGAUCAGGACAUUGCCGACGACUCGCUGAGCGCAGGGCCCUGCCGUGGCGUGUACGUCAAGCAGGGGGCGCGGUACAUUCCGCCGCCGCCGCCACCGCGCAGCCCCGUUCCGCCCUCGCCGCCUCCACCGGCGCCGUCCUCGCCACCCCUUCCGCCAGCGACGGACCAGCCGCCCUUGCCGCUGCCGCCCAGCCCCGCACAGCCAACGCCCUCGCCGACCACGGCCAGCCCGCCUGCGGGUCAGCCCACCGCGCUGCCUCCGCUGCCGCCCGUGCCUCCUUCCCCCUCGCCCGCAGCUUACCCACCAUCGCCCGCGCCCUUGCCCGCGGCCUACCCACCCUCACCUUCACCAGCGGCCUACCCGCCCUCACCUGCUCCCAUCGGCCAGCCCGCACAGCCGCCACCGCAGCCGCCUGCCCCGGCCUCGCCGCUGCCGGCGCCGUCGCCCCCGCCUUCCUACUCCCUGUCUCCGUCCCCAGCUGCGUACCCGCCUUCGCCUGCUCCAGAAAGCCCAGCGCCUGUGCCUGGCCCCUCGCCCUCGCCGUCCCCAGCCGCGUACCCGCCCUUGCCUGCUCCCACCCCGGCGCCAUCUCCAGAGCCAUCACCGGUGCCCUCGCCUUCCUACUCCCCGUCCCCGUCCCCGUCCCCAGCUGCGUACCCGCCCUCGCCUGCUCCUAGCGGCCAGCCCGCGCAGCCGCCACCGCAGCCGCCUGCACCCGCCCCACCCGCUUCGGAGCCUUCACCGGCACUGGCACCCUCUCCCUCGCCGUCCCCUGCUUACCCCAGCCCUCUGCCAUCACCGAUACCGUCGCCACCUCCUGCUCCCUCGCCAGCGCCCUCGCCCUCGCCAUCCCCAGCCGCCUACCCGCCAUCACCGGCACCCAUCGGCCAGCCCUCUCCCUCACCGUCCCCUGCUUACCCCGGCUCUCUGCCAUCACCGGCACCCAUCGGCCAGCCCGCGCAGCCGCCUCCGGCGCCUCCUGCACCGGCGCCGCCCAGUCCUCCGGAGGAGGGCGUGGUGUGCCCGCCGCCGCUAACGCUGUCGCCUCUGGUUCAGGCACGUUGCAACCCCGACUACGACCCGACCAAGCGGCCGUGCCUGCUACAGUCCUUCUGCACCACAUGCGACAGCCCGCCCGCCUCGGUCUACAGCGCCCUGUUUGUUGAGGAGUGCACGCUUACCAACCGGACAUAUGUGGUAGUGGGCUGUGGCGGCAGGCUGGAAUGCGUGUUGCCGCCACCUGCGCGCAGCCCCAGCCCUUCUCCCUCGCCGGGCGCCUCACCGUCUCCGUCUCCCUCUCCGGCGCCUGUGUACCCCAGCCCUGCGCCGUCACCGGAGCCGCCGCCCUCGCCCGAGCCUGCGCCGGUGCCAUCUCCUUCGCCGGAGCCGCCCCUGGCGGUUUCGCCCUCGCCAGCACCUGCUGCGUACCCGCCCUCGCCUGUUCCUACCCCGGCGCCAUCUCCAGAGCCCUCACCGGUGCCCUCGCCUUCCUACUCACCGUCCCCGUCCCCGUCCCCAGCUGCGUACCCGCCCUCGUCUGCUCCUAGCGGCCAGCCCGCGCAGCCGCCACCGCAGCCCCCCAUGCCGCCAACACCGGCUUCAUCAAGCCCGGCGCCGACGCCUUCGCCUGCUCCAGAAAGCCCAUCGCCUAUACCCGGCCCCUCGCCCUCACCAUCCCCAGCCGCGUACCCGCCCUUGCCUGCUCCCACCCCGGCGCCAUCUCCAGAGCCAUCACCGGUGCCUUUGCCCGCACCCUCUCCCGCAGCCUACCCGCCCUCGCCUUCUCCCAUCGGCCAGCCCGCACAGCCGCCACCGCAGCCGCCUGCCCCAGCCUCGCCGGGCCCCGCGCCGUCCCCUGUGGCCCCGUCCCCAAGCCCUGCGCCCACCUCCUCGCCCUCACCUGCGGCCUACCCACCGUCGCCGGAUCCCACCGGCCACCCGUCCCAGCCGCCACCCCAGCCGCCGUCGCCUGGGUCUCCCGCCCCGGCGCCCGCGCCCUCGCCCUCCCCAACGUACGGCGCCCCCUCGCCCUCUCCAUCGCCUGUGCCCUCGCCUGAGCCCUCGCCAGGGCCCUCGCCUGGGCCCUCGCCUGAGCCGGCACCAGUGCCGCCGCCGGAGCCGACCGCCUCACCGCCCGCACCGGCCUACGGGACACCGUCGCCGUCGCCCGAGUCCGCAUCGCCGCCUGCGGCGCAGUUGCAGCCGCCGUCGCCGUCGCCGGAUCAGGCGCUGCCGCCGUCACCGCCGUCGCUGCCGCCGCCGCGGCCCAUGACUACUCGGCCACCACCCAGCCCGCCCCUGCCGCCGCCGCCCAGCCCGCCGCUGCCGGAGCCUUUCAAUGUACCUCGGCCGCCGCCCCUGCCGCCGGCACUGCCCGCGCCGCCCGUCGCCCCGCCCUCGCCACCCGCACCCCCGCCCUCACCGCCGGAGUUCCCCAACACGCCCAACACACCGAACCCGCCUCCUUCGCCCGCGCCUCCCACGCCUCUCGCGGCGCCACCGCCGCCCCCGCCUGCGCUACUUCCUCCAUCGCCGCCGCCACCGCCGCCGCCGGCACCCCCGCUGCCGGCUCCGCCGCCCCAACCGCCGCCGCCUCGCUUCCUGCCAGUGACCCGGUCCGGUCGUGCGCUGGACGGCUACCUGGAUAAUUGUGUGGUGUACGCGGACGUCAACGGCAACGGUGGCCUUUCGACUGCCCAGGGCGAGCCCUUCAACACCUCCACCUUCCAGAACGGCUGGACGCUGACGCUGUCGGACGCGGCCGCCGUCAGCGCGCCGCUGCGGGUCGUCCCGGCGCCACCCAGCACGUACGCCAAGAGCCGCAUCGCGGUCAGCCCGCAGGAUGACUGCCACGACGCCACCUCGCUGCUCAAGUUGUACCUGCCGCUGGCCGCGCCCUCCGCCGCCUGCGCCGUCAUCUCGCCGCUGUCCACGCUGCUGCUCGCCAUGCAGGAGCGCGGCUACGGCCAAGCCGAGGCCAAGAUCAAGGCCGCCUUCGGUAUCAGCGCCGCAGCCAACAUCAGCAUCUGCCAGACCGACCCCAUCAAGGCGCUGUACGUGGAUCUGGAUCCAGCCGCCCGGCCGUACAUGGCGGCGGAGCAGCAGGUCAUGGCGGCUGUCGUACAGUCAACGGGCUACCUGCUGGUCAACGACACGGACCUGCCGACCCUGGGUCGCUUCACGUGGCAGGGUUUGGCACGUGCCGUGGAGAACACGUUCCGCUCCUCCCCCGCCGCCAGCCCCGCUGCCUCGCCCGCCGCCGCCGGCCGCCACCGCCGCCGCCUGGACAGCGGCGCCGGCGGCGCCAGCAGCAUAAGCUCGGAGGCUUCAGCAGUCGACGCCGCUGCUAGCAACAGCGCCAGCCGUGCGCUGCUCCAGACCUCCAGCAGCAACACCACCACACCGCUACUGUUCGAUCUCACCUCCCCGGCUGUCCUCGGCUCCAUCCUGGACGCCACGGUCGCGGAGCUGGCCGCCGCCGCCGCCGCCGCCAACAGCAGCAGCAGCAACGCCACCGCGCCGCCGCCCGCCAACACUCUGGGCGUUACGGACCCCGCGCGGCGGGAGGCGGCGCUCAACAGCAUGUCGUACAUGCAGGCGCUGGUGGCGGGCGCCGUGGCGUCGGGCAACCUCACCACGGUUGCCGCCGCGGGCCUGGUGGCUCAGAGCAACAUGACCGAUGGCCUGACGCAGCUGGCACAGCCCGCCGCCAACGUCAGCGCCUUCAUUGAUGCAACAACCCCCGCCGCCCUCGCCGCCGCCGUCGCCGCCACGCGCAUAACCGGACCCACCCUCCCAGACAACAUCAGCGGCAACCCAGAGAUCGGCACGCUGCCGCCGCCGCCGCCGCCCGGCACCGUCCCGGCGCCGCGCGGCGGCACCGGAUCCUGGAUCGACAACAACACUGGCCUGUUCGUGUUCCUGGUGGCGGUUAUUCCGGUACUGAUCAUCGCCACGUGCGGUACCGGUUACUACGUGUACCGCCGCCGCCAGCGCCGCACCGCAGAGUUUGGACGCAUGCACGUGACUGGCGGCGAGGGCGGCCCGCCUGUUCAGCCUCUGGCCGUUGCCAGCACGCCCGCCGGCUCCCGACGCAUGCAGUCGGAUGACGGCGGCGGCGCUGGCGGCGGCGGCGGCGGCGGCGGCGCGGCUGCUGCACGCGGCACGUCGACGACUAGCUCGGCGGGCGCACCGCCGUCCCACAGCGGCCCGUUGCCUGCCGCUGCCCCCAUGGUUACCAGCUAUAACGUUUUGUAUGAGGGCGAGUCUCGCGACGUGGCCGGAAGCGCCUCGCUCGCCGCCGCUGUGCUGGCCACCCGCGGCGCCGCUGGUGGCGGCGCGCCGGGCGUUUCGCCGCACGGCUCCGUACCGACUUCCCUACCAGCCGCCGCCGCCCCAGGCGAUGUCGUACACAACUACACAAACGUAAUGUACGGCGAGCAGCCGAGCCUGGCCGCAGCGCUCAAUGACGGACUGAACGUCCCGCCGCCGGCGGCCGCCAUGGCGGCGCUCGCUGGCGGCGCCGCCGGCAGCAUGCACCGCAGUGGCGGCGCCGGACAACCGCAGGGCGCCGAUGACGUCCUCAACGAAUUCGGUUGGGCGGCCGACGGCCGCGGCUCCAGGGGCAGCGGUGGCGCCAACCCCGUUGCCGCGCGCGCCGCCGCCGGCAUGCAGCCCGUCAGCGCAGCCGCCUUGGGCGCAGCCGCCGCCGCCGCCGCCACUGCCGCCGCCCACCAGCAGCACCGCCACCGUCAGGCGGCGCGGCUGGGACCCGAGGUGGAGCCAUUCGCGGGCCGCGCGCCGAGUAGCCAGGGCAGCAAUGCCGAUUCCGAGCUCCGGCGGCCCGAAACGGAGUACGCGUCGGCCGAGUUCCACACAGGCAAGCUCUCAUUCACCAGCCGCCAGCACACUGGAGAGGUCCCGCCGCUCUCUGGCGCCGGCCCGCGCUCCCGCGCGUCCGGCCUCGGCGCCUUUGCCGGCGCCGCAGGCGCCUCCGCCGCGGCCGCGGCGGAGGCCGGCGGCGCGCUGGCGGCGCCGCCGCAGGCGGCGCUGCCCGGCCCCGGCGGCGGCGGCUAUCUGGGUCAAUCCACGGCGUCUGGUCGCCUGCCGGCCUUCAGCCUGGACCGGUCGUACUCGUUGGCUCGGCUGUCGCCGACCGCCGCCGCCACCGCUGAGGCGGCGGCAGUGGCGUCGGGGAGUACCGGCGGCUCACUGGCGGAGCCGUCGCUCUCCAGCCCCUAUGAUCAUGGCGAGCCCGUCUACUCCACUGCCGUUGCCGCCACGGCCAGCGACGCCCGCGGCGGCGGCGGCGGCGAUGAAAGUGGCCCAAGCAGCGGGCGGAACCUGAACCCGCUGUUUGAGCCGGUGACCAUGUUUGCAAACCCCCUGCACGGCGCCGCUGCCUCCAGCGCCACCGUUACGCCCACCGCCUCACGCCGCCACACAACCGACGCCGCGCCCGCCACGCCGCCCAGCGUGACGUCUGCCGCCGUGGCAGCAACGGCGUCGCCUCGCCGCCCCGGUGACUUGAGCAUGGGUGGCGGCGGGCUGCAUGGGACGGUCACGCCGCCGCAGCACCUGCAGGGUGCGCCCAAGCCGUGGCCGCCGCCGCCGCCGCGGCGCGGCACGGGCGGCGGUGCGGCUGAGGUGUGAGAAGCAUCCACAUAGGGUUAGGGAGACCCACUGCUGUGAUGUUGUGUGACAAGAGCGGUGACCAGCUGACAAUAGUGGCGGAAAUCGACCACAGUAAUUCACUAGGAAGGAAAUUUCGGGACGAAUGUGAGUGUGUGCAUCUCCUCAGGUUUGCUGCGUGAAGCACACCGGGAGGGGGGGUGCCUGCAAGUGCCUAGCAUCCGUUUCCCAUCUCCACGCUUAGGAAUCCGUUGUACAUGCGUGCCUGUUGCGCGUUAGUGAACUUAAUUAGAUGUGCGCAGGAUGCGUCUCACCAUUGCUUCCGCAUUAGUAAUUCUCUAGAAAGGACCGCUGUGGCUUUACUAGCAUCACACUGACUUGACUCCUCACAUUCACCCAAUGUGGCACUGACCUGAUUAACGAUGUUGCGGUUGGAGUUGAUGGAACUCAACGUGGGCACAGAUGCGUUGCGUACUUGCCAACCGCAUGUGCGUUACGAUCUUACGUUGGCUCUAGUGCGGCUGACAUUGUGAUUCAUAGUUGAAGAAGCGGCAGCUGGAUGGAUGAAUGGGUAUUGGCGGGGGUAUUAUCCAAUAGCGCUUGGGACCCUAGUGGCAUUUGCCCAACUCUUCGGCGCCGUACUGGACUCACUACAGACCAGACCAGACCGCAGACCGAGACUGAUUGAUUGGCUGACUAACAUACUGACGAGGGACCGUGCGCGCGCACAUGGUGCUCUUUUUCUCUCGUGCGCGCGCGUGCAUGCAUGGAAUUGCAGUCUCCAGAGAAGGAGGAUGCGUCCCCUGACGUCCAACGGAUGGGAUUUUGCUUUGUCUGGCUCGGAUGGCAUUCUUAAUUACACAUUCUGGGCCCAUAGAGUAACAAGGCAUACGUCGUCGCGUGCCUGUGUGUGUGUGUGUGUGUGUGUGCGCCUGCGUGCGUGCCUAUGUUCGUGGCGUGCGUGUGUUUGACCUUAAGUCUGCAAGCGGGCGUGUGUCCAUCUAGCGCUACUGUGCUAGUGCUGCUGGUGUUACGGUACUGGCGAGUCCUGGACCACCGAGUGCGCUGCCACGCAAUCGGACCGGGCCACAACAACGGAUGUAGCUAACACGCCAACCCCUGGCAGCUGAUUGCAACGAACUGAGCAGACACCUGCUGUGGACGUGUGCUGGCGGGACGUGUGCGUGCGCGUGUGUGCACCUGCGAUGGCUUUGUUGCUGUUGGCGCUGCCACGCCGCAGCAGCUGCACAACGCGGGCCACCCGCGCCUCACGAUUUGCCGGUGCAUGCUGAUCCGCUGUCGUGAUGCAGCGUCGCCUCGAUACAGAGAGAGGCCUGAUGUAAGUAUGAGGCAAG